AUGGAUUCCGAUUUUAAUAGUUCGAAUGACAAGAAAAAAAUCACACGUGUUUGGUGUGAUGGAUGCUAUGAUAUGGUACAUUUUGGCCAUGCAAAUCAAUUACGACAAGCUAAAGCGAUGGGCGAUCGUCUGGUCGUUGGUAUUCAUUCGGAUGCUGAAAUCACCAGACAUAAAGGUCCACCGGUUUUCAAUGAACAAGAACGUUAUAAAAUGAUACUUGCAAUUAAAUGGGUGGAUGAAGUUGUCGAAAAUGCGCCAUACAUUACAUCGUUGGAAACAUUAGAUAAAUAUAAAUGUGAUUUUUGUGUUCACGGUAAUGACAUCACCGUGGAUGAAAAUGGUCUCGAUACAUAUCGUUAUGUAAAAACGGCUGGCCGUUAUCGUGAAUGUCAACGUACUGAAGAACAUGUUGAACAUAUUCGUCGUGAUUCAACGACACAUAGUCCAUAUACGGGCAUUUCACAUUUUUUACCCACUACGAAAAAAAUUAUUCAAUUUGCCGAUGGAAAAGAUCCAAAUCCUGGCGAUAAAAUUAUCUAUGUGGAUGGUUCGUUUGAUUUGUUUCAUGUUGGUCAUUUGGAUUUCCUUGAAAAAGCUCGAUCUCAUGGAGAUUUUCUUAUCGUUGGAUUACAUUCUGAUUCUGUUGUUAAUCGAACACAGGGCAGUAAUUAUCCAAUAAUGAAUCUUCAUGAACGUGUUUUAUCCGUUUUAGCUUGUAAGUACGUAAACGAAGUUGUAAUUGGUGCUCCAUAUAUAAUCACCAAAGAAUUAUUAGAUCAUUUUAAAGUUGAUCUUGUUUUACAUGGUAAAACAUCAAUAAUGAAAGAUGAUGAUGGUACUGAUCCAUAUCGUAUACCGAAACAAUUGAAUAAAUAUAAACGAAUCUGA